UCCUGGAUCUAGUUCUUGGUAGCUUGUCAUUGCAGUAAAUCGAGUCUUUCUGCUCAAAGAUGGAAAACUCCUCUAAAAUCCAAUCACCUGUUGCUAUUGUAUCAGGAGAUGCCUCACAGGAGAUACAGGUCCAGAAUGGCGGGGGAAAUCAAACCAAAACAGUUGAAGACGAAACUCAGAAUAUAGACGAGAACACAAAGUCUAAAACAGUUGAAAAAAAGACCUCGAAAAAGUCGAAAGAAGAGAAACGGAUCAAAGAAGAAGAGAAAAGAACAAAACUAUUAUUACGGAGUUUUGAAGGGCUGGAAGAUGCAGACGCUAAAUUAAAUGCAAUUGCAAAGAAAUAUGUUCAACUGGCUGCAGAUAACAAAUCCCUGGAAUAUAAAAAAGAUGAUUUAGAGUCCAAAAAUGAAAAGUUAACCAAAGAGCGCGAUAGUUUACAGUCUGAUUACAAUAAAGCAACUCUUGCAAAAAGUAAGCUGGAAARUCUGUGUAGAGAACUGCAGAAGCAUAGCAAACUGGUCAAGGAAGAAUGUCAAUUACGAACACAAGAAGAGGAAGCUAAGAGAAAGGAGUUGUCUGAUCGUUUUCAAACUACAAUAAAUGAUAUUUCACAACAGAUGCAAGACAACUUUAAACGUAAUGAGCAGCUUAAAGUAGAAAAUGAAGAACUUGCUACUAAGCUAAAAGGACUUGUAUCACAGUAUGAGACCAGGGAAGAGCAUGUUGACAAAGUAGUCAAACACAAACAACUAGAGUUACAGCUUGCUGAGGCCAAGAUGGCACAACAAAAUCUACAGUUUAACGAAAUGAAAGAAAAAUCAUUGAUAGAAAAACAAGAGCUUUUAAAAGACUCUCUGGACUACAGAAAAAGAUAUGAAAUUAUGGUCAAACAAGAAGCAGAGCUGAAAUCACAGCUGGCCAUGUACACUGAGCGGUUUGAUGAUUUCCAAGCAACUCUCAAUAAAAGCAAUGAAGUUUUUGCAACAUUCAAGUCAGAAAUGGACAAGAUGUCAAAAACUAUAAAGAAACUGGAAAAAGAAAACAAAACUCUUAAAUCCAGAGGCGAAAACACUAAUAGAUCACUGUUAGCCAUGCUGGAUGAGAGGACAAAUAUGGAAAAACAAAUCAAGACUUUGUCGACAAAAAAUUCAAAAUUAGAAAAACUUUGUCGAGCAAUGCAAAAAGGUCUAGUACUUCCGAAUAAGGAAAAUGACACCCCAGGACUGGAAUCAGAGUCUUUAGAGUCAAACUCUUUAGAACAUGGCAAUUCUAAUGAAGACAUUGCCAAUAAAAAURRUGCUAGYUGCAUAGAAGAAGCURCAUCUAWUGACGAGCCGAAUAAUGACCAAGAAGGCAGCAGUGGUGGAGAACACAACUGUGGRGAGGAUGGAGAACCCAGUAAGGAGGAAAGCGAGGGCGUUGAAGACACAACACAAAAAGAUGGGGAAUCUAAUACCGACUGCGAGACGAAUCAAUCAAAUGAUACAACUAGCGAUGAAUUAAAUAGAGAAUUAAGCUCUGAAUCAAAGAGUGAGUCCACCAUGUCUAGUGAGUCACCACCUGAUGCAAUUCAUUCAGAGUCAACAUGACUAUUUUUUUAGGAAUUCGAAUUGUAAUAAUUAUAUAGUAUAGUACUUAGUAAUUUAAUGUAAUUAGAACAAAAACUUCGAUGGCAAUUAAUGCUAGUUCGUGGUUUGUUCAGAUCUGUGCUUGUAUUUUGUUUUGUUUUUAUUUUUUUCGGAACUACCUAAACUUUGUAAUUCCACUGUUUAUUGUAUUUUAAGCGUGUAAAGAAAAAAAAUAAUUGUAAGCGGUAUUUAAAAACAAUAAGCCAAGGUGGACGUGUAUUUUCCCUUUAUUUUAUUUAGUUGCUUGUAAACUUUUUUGUACAUUUUCAAGUUUAUCAUAAUCUUUUUUUUAAUAAAGGCGACAAAUGUUAUUUAAUCUUUGAAUUAUAUGUUUGUUGGUGGCGUAUAUUGGUAUGAUUUCCCUGGACUCAGAUUUAAAAAACUAUGCCAAGGUGCACGUGUAUUUGCCCUUUAUUUUAGUUUGCUUGUAAACUUUUUUGUACAUUUUCAAGUUUAUCAUAAUCUUUUUUUUAAUAAAGGYGACAAAUAUUAUUUAA